AUGUCCACGCCUAAGGAGAAGUCCAAGGUAAAAGUGCGAAACUUUUUUGGCCGCAUAUUUUCGCCAGGAACCAGUAGUGAGAAAGAUCGUGGGGAUUCAAGUGAUGAUUCGAAGCCUUCUUCUAGUCUCGAUAUCAGUCAGCCGUACAAUACUGUUCACAGAAUACAUGUAGGCUACGACGGACAAAAGUUCAGUGGACUUCCAGAUACUUGGAUGGACUCUCUACUCAGAGAUAUAAGUGAAGCUGACCAAAAGAAGAAUCCAAAUGCAGUGGUGACGGCGUUACGGUUCUACGCUGCAUCUAUGAAAGAAAAAGAAAAAGCCAAAUUCAUGACAACAAAUAGUGUCUAUAAUGCGAGUGAUGAGGAGUCUGAUGAUGUCGAAAUUCAGUUGAAUGGCCAAGUGACCGGCCAUCAUACGCUAGCACCAACCUCUUCCAUCGUGAAUGGAUUAGCAAGCGUUCCUGGCUCAAAAGUGGCAGGUUUGAGUGUAUCCUCUACUGAUGACUCUGUGUGCGAUCGUGCGAUCCCAUCUCCGGCUCCAUCUUUCAACCAUGCCACUGGUACAGGAACUCCGGUGCAGGGUAAAAGGAAAGAAAGUGUAACCGCAGAAAACACUCUGGAGCUGCCAAACCCUCCACCGCCUAUUCACCCACGUUCUGCUGGACGAAAAGAUGCUCCACCACCACCACCACCACCUCCCCAGCGAUCUAAGACUGCAGCAGUCGCCGAGAAUAUCUCCCAACCAUCUGGUAUCGUCCAAAAAGUUCCACCUAAGGUUCCGCCAAAACCAGCACAUCUUAAAGCUUCUUCGGCAUGCGUUUCUCCACCACCAUUCGUCUCCUUGACAUCCUCGGACACGAACUCGAUUGGACACUCGCUGUCGAAUGGUAGCGUAGCAAGCAACAUUUCAUCGGAAGUAGAAAACCGGUCGUAUUCCGAUAAGGAGAAUGCAACCGCAACUAUUUCUGCAGAGAAACCCAAAGCAGUCCCUGAGCCGGAAACUGUCAGAGUUCGUUCGCAACCGAAGGAAAAAAUGACUGAUGGGCAGGUUUUGGAUGAACUUCGACAGAUAGUCAAUCAAGGAGAUCCGCUAAACAAAUAUGAAAUCAAGCGGCAAAUUGGACUCGGUGCGUCAGGAACCGUAUAUGUCGCCACUUGCAAAGAUACCAGUGAUGUGGUGGCUGUUAAACGGAUGGCUUUCAAGACUCAACCGAAGAAAGAGAUGCUACUUACGGAGAUCAAAGUCAUGAAGCAAUUCCGUCACCCGAAUGUUGUCAACUACAUCGAGUCUUAUCUGGUCGACGCAGAUGACUUGUGGGUUGUUAUGGACUACUUGGAAGGAGGUAACCUGACAGACGUAGUGGUUAAGACGGAAUUGGAUGAAGGCCAGAUAGCGGCUGUUCUCAAGGAAUGUGUCAAAGCGCUGCACUUUCUGCACAGUCAUUCCAUUGUGCAUCGUGAUAUCAAAAGUGACAAUGUACUGCUUGGAAUGGAUGGACAAGUGAAACUAACGGAUAUGGGAUUCUGUGCGCAGAUUCAGCCAGGCUCGAAAAGGGAUACCGUCGUAGGAACUCCUUACUGGAUGUCUCCCGAGAUUCUUAAUAAGAAACGGUACAAUUACAAGGUAGAUAUAUGGUCGCUUGGUAUCAUGGCCCUGGAAAUGAUUGAUGGAGAACCUCCAUAUCUUCAUGAGACACCAUUAAAGGCAAUUUACUUGAUUGCACAAAACGGAAAACCUGAAAUCAAAAGACGAGACCAGCUUUCUCCGGACUUCCUGAACUUCUUGGAUCGUUGUCUCGUUGUGGAUCCCGAGGAAAGAGCGGAUGCAGAAGAACUCUUACGACAUCCAUUUCUUGCUCGGGCUAAACCACUAAGCAGCCUCAUUCCAUACAUCAAGGCGGUUAAGGAGCUCAAAGAGAAAGAAAAAGUCUUGGUAGGAUUUCAGCUCUGUAGCCGGAGAGAUGAGUUGACUAAACGUCUACAAACCUAUGCCGCGCAGACAUCUACUGUAGACCCGUCAGAACCAUGA